CAGAGGAGGCUGAGCUUCUAACAGGACUGGUCUGACAGUGGAUUCGGCUGUCUGUCUGUCCAUCCGACAUGGAGCCAAAACGGAUCAGGGAGGGCUACCUUGUGAAGAGGGGAAGUGUGUUCAACACCUGGAAACCCAUGUGGGUUGUACUAUUAGAAGAUGGAAUUGAAUUCUAUAAGAAGAAAAGUGACAACAGCCCCAAAGGAAUGAUUCCCCUGAAAGGAAGCACACUGACUAGCCCUUGUCAAGACUUUGGCAAAAGGAUGUUUGUGUUUAAGAUCACUACGACCAAACAGCAGGACCACUUCUUCCAGGCAGCCUUCCUGGAGGAGAGAGAUGCCUGGGUUCGGGACAUCAAGAAGGCCAUUAAAUGCAUUGAAGGAGGUCAAAAGUUUGCAAGGAAAUCCACCAGGAGGUCCAUUCGGCUGCCAGAAACCGUUGACUUAGGUGCCUUGUACCUGUCCAUGAAAGAUAUGGAGAAAGGAAUAAAAGAGCUGAAUCUAGAGAAGGACAAGAAGAUUUUUAAUCAUUGCUUCACAGGUAACUGUGUCAUUGACUGGCUGGUGUCCAAUAAGUCUGUUCGGAAUCGCCAGGAAGGCCUCAUGAUUGCCUCCUCGCUGCUCGGUGAAGGGUACCUGCAGCCCGCUGGAGAACUGUCCAAGAAUGCAGCAGAUGGAACUGCUGAAAACCCUUUCCUGGACAACCCCGAUGCCUUCUACUACUUUCCAGAUAGCGGGUUCUUCUGUGAAGAGAAUUCCAGUGAUGAUGAUGUGAUUCUGAAAGAAGAAUUCAGAGGGGUCAUUAUCAAGCAGGGAUGUUUACUGAAGCAGGGGCACAGGAGGAAAAACUGGAAAGUGAGGAAGUUCGUUCUGAGAGAAGACCCUGCCUACCUGCACUACUAUGACCCUGCUGGGGGGGAGGAUCCUCUGGGAGCAAUUCACUUGAGAGGCUGUGUGGUGACUUCAGUGGAGAGCAAUCCUGAUGCAGUCAGGAAGAGUGAAGAAGAGAACCUCUUUGAGAUCAUCACUGCUGAGGAAGUUCAUUAUUUCUUGCAAGCGGCCACCUCCAAGGAGCGUACUGAGUGGAUCAAAGCCAUCCAGGUGGCCUCCCGGACUGGGAAGUGAGAAUAUUUCUGCAGCUCAUCGUCACUCUCCCAGGGGAACCCCACGGAGAGGCUGGGUCUGGGACCUGUCCACUUCUGGUGACACAUCGAUGAGAAAGGGCCCAGAGUUGGGAAAUUUUCGUCUGCAGAGGUUCUGAAUGUAACUAACCACAUGCUGCGUCCUGUUCACCUGCACCAACCACAUUGUUCACUGAAGCCUCUCUGUGUCCCCCAAGCAGAUAUAACAAACUGUGUGGCCUGGCUUCACUGCUUAAUCUCUCCAGGCCCGAGCAUCAGAGCCAAAAGCCCUGUAAUUCUAAUACCCAUGGAAGUGAAAAUGUCUCUAGUUGCCCAGUAAGUAAGUGUCACUCUUAAGCUCAGUCUUGGCCUUUGGAACCUGACGCAUUCUUCCCUUUAAAUCUGUUCCCAAUCUGUACUGAAGGGGCUAGGCAUAAACCUCUUGUUCCCGUUUGCCACGUCCUCUUGCUCAUGCAUCAUGAAGGAGAACUUUCUUCUUCCUUCCUCACUCUGACCAGAAACUUCCUGAAAGCGAGUGCCCCAGUGACAGCUUUUAGGUUGAAGCCUUCUAUCACUUACUAGAGCCUGGAAAGUUCUAUCUUCUGAGAAAAUGACCUAAGGAAACCAGGCAUAGCCGAGGGUCUUUUCCAUUCCCUGAAGCCACCUAGAGCCGGCAUAUUCCCCUCCCACUUGAGGCUGAUCUGAGACGCAUGUCUUCAUCCCUUUCCGGAGCAUUUCUCUAUCAUUGAUUAUAAUUAGGAGGGGGAACUCCAAAUCUUUGAGGUUCUGUUUCAAUUGAAUGUUUGCAGGAAAAAGUGGUCAGAUGGGUUCCCUCCAUGGGUGAAGGGCCUGGGGGGCUGGACUGAAGGCAGGCAGACUGAAUGAUGGGCUUUGACAAAGCACUGAGACAACUUAAGUCCAGACAGAACUCACGGAGGUGGCCGUCUACACUGCAGCGCCUUCAAUUCCCCGGUCAAUGAUACUCUCGUUGUCCCUGAGCUUUAGGCACAAGCUGUAGAUGCCCUUGCUUGGCCUCUGCAGGACCUCAUGAACCCAUUACCAACCAGAGUGAUCUGACCUAGAUUCAAAUGGGGCACCUGUUUUCAACUUUGGACCUGUCCACCAACGAAUGAUUCUAACCCCAAUUUGAGAAAAACCCCAGGUAUGUGUGUGGAGGUGCAUUUUCCAGUUUUGGGUUUCUAACUUUAAGGCUCUAGUGAGAAAGGAGAGCAGAAAAUUCUUCUUGAUUUUAUCACCUCCUCUCUUUCCCUCCCCCAAUUGUAUGUAAUAUCCAUGAAGCUACUCCUACUCCCAGGUUGUUUUCUCAAUGGCCUAGGGGUAAAACGUUACCUUUCUUCUAAUUCUUUAGUAAGCUGUCUUCUUAGAGCAUGCACAAUAGCUUUCCUACAUUCAGUGUUAAAAGUAUUUAUUAAU